GAUAGAAGGAGGAAGUAUGGAGAGUAAUGUGUGAGAAUAAAUGACAGAACAGAGGGAUGGUAAUUUUGCUGUGGCCUAUCAACAACUCAUCACUUCACUCCAAAUGUAACUUCACUUUAACCUUUGGUUUUAGUGUAGCUGUGGAUGAAGACAAUGGAUUAUGGACUCUCCACUGUGAAGAACUGGCCAUUACAUGCUCAGGUGAGACUUCAGUUUUCCUGGCACUUUGCUUAGGCAGUUUAUUAUUAACUGGCUCCAUGUAAGCACAGACUUCUGAAACCCAUUUCCAGUCUCUUAGAGAAGUGAAACAGAGGCCAACAGGACAGUAAGAAAUGACUGCAAUCUCACUAUGAGACUAGAAGACUGAAUUCAGGAGUUUUGCAGAGAAGAGACUGAAAACUGAUCCAGAAACAUAUUAAACUCUACCACAGCUGGAGGGAGACAGCAGCAGGCUCCACAAUCAUUUCAAAUAGGUAUGCAGCCUCUGUGGACAGCUGCAUAAACACAUCCACCCUGAAGAUUACUGUGGACCACCAAGGCUACCUGUGACUCCACCUUGAUAACUUUGUAUUGGCCAAGCGAAACUGCUUAGUAUUUCUCUUAACGGUCCUACCAUUCACUCAUCAUGACGGAGCCAUCUUCAGGCUGGUGGAAGCUGACUUUCCUGAGGAGAAAAAAAUCCCAGCCUAAGGUUCUGUAUGAGAUCCCUGCAGAGAUUGUUUCCAAUGCCUCUAUUGGCCAGCACGGGUCAGGGGCAGCAACCAGAGCCACCAUCCACACAGAAGUCAGUGUGCAUGACUCCCAGUUGGACGCCAGACUGGAAAAGAUUGUGGAUAAAACGACAGCCAGCAAGGGACGCCAUGUCAAGGUGUCCCACUCUGGAAGGUUUAAGGAGAAGAAGAAAGUGCGCUCCACACUGGCAGAGAAUGCAGACAUGUUUCCAGGAGGUGACUCUGCGAUGGACGAGAAUCAGACAGGACACACAAAUACUCAAACUCAAUGACACACACAUUCAAAGUGGCUGUUUAACUUUCUGUGUUUAUGGCUCUGUCAGUUUAUGAAGCCAUGAAAUCCACAUCUGGAAAACUUCUCAGCCUUAAUGUCUUCUUAGGAGAACAAACACAGUUGUUACUAGGAAACCCAGGAUAAGUGUAGAGAGUUGACGUUUGUAACCACACAUAAAUAAUUAAAAGCCACUGUUAACUUUUUUCUUAUAGCGGCUGCUGUAAUGGCAUCUUGAGGCAUUUCCAUGCUGUUUUCAGCUGUGGUCGUCUCUGCUUCACACACUCCUGAUAAUAGGACAACAGUGGCUGCAGGGACUGAUCCCACAACCUUCACUGUCAAAAUCUUCAGUAGCUGUUUUUAGAUGCACUGGGAUCAAACCAGUGACCUUUUAAUCACUGGGUCAUUUUGACUGCACCUCUAGAGCUCUGGUGUGAUUGCAACUGAACAAUCAUGUACAGUAUCUUAAAGUCAGGGAUUAGAUUAGUUAUAUGGUUUAGGUGUAUGUUUUGUUAUAACAAACCUUUAACCAACCAUGAUUUGUGAUAUCUGUGGCAAAUGUG